UUUAUGCAACUUCCAGGGCGGACGUUUACGUAACUGUACUGCGCUUCACGCACAUGCCGGUUGAAAAUUGAUCAAAGUUGCUUCAGUUAAAGGUUGUUUAUGUUACAGCGGAGGAACAUGGCUGCUUGUACCUUUGCUUUAAAGCUUUUACCUUUUGUGAGAGGAAGGUUUUGUCCCGCCCGCUCAGCUGUUCGUGCAUUGUCGUGCACCGCAGCUUAUGCUCAACUGCACAGAGUGGAGGGGGACGCGGCUCUGACCGGCAGAGUGGACCGGUUCGGUGGGGUGACAGUGAACCUGGCAGACACCGGUUUACCGGCGGACAUCAGUGAAAGCUCGUUCAGCAGAUUGCUCCAAGAGUCUUUGUCCCAGUGGAAAGCAGAGGGGAAAGUUGCAGUGUGGCUUCACGUUCCCAUCUCACUGAGUCGCUGUGCUGCUGCUGCCUCUACGCACGGCUUCAGCUUCCAUCACGCCAAGCACGACCACGCCGUGCUGGCCCUCUGGUUGGGAGAGGGGGAAAGCAGAUUGCCCGGGUUUGCAACGCACCAAAUUGGAGUGGCAGGUGCAGUUGUUGACGAAUCGAAUGGAAAAGUUCUUGUGGUUCAAGACAGAAACAAGACAAAGAAUGCUUGGAAGUUCCCCGGUGGCUUGUCUGAUCCGGGAGAAAAUAUAGGUGCCACUGCUGUUCGUGAAGUCUUGGAGGAAACAGGCGUUCACUCCGAGUUCAGAUCUCUGCUCAGCAUCCGGCAGCAACACAACCACCCCGGAGCCUUCGGCAUGUCGGACAUGUACAUCAUCUGCCGACUCAGCCCUCUCACCUACGACAUCAACUUCUGCACGCAGGAGUGUCUCCGCUGCGAGUGGCAGGACCUCGCCGAGCUGGCCAAGACCAACGACACGACGCCCAUCACUUCUCGCAUCGCCAAGCUUCUGCUUCACGGUCUGGAGCAGGGCUUCAACAAGAUCGACCUCACCAUGGAGGAGCUUCCUGCGGUCUACUCUGGCUUAUUUUACCAGCUGUACCACCGACAGCUUCCUAAAACACUAAAAUCAUAGCAGGUCUUCAACCUGAUGGGGUUAGCAUAUCAUGGCUAGCUAUGUUGACACAUGGUUGUCAGUAUUACUCGUAUUUAAAGUGUAUUUAUGACUGGAUUGUGUUUUAUUUUCACACUGUGGAUGAAAUGUGGUUCAAUAGGCUGUGAACUACAGAAACAAUCACUUUGGGGUUUUUAAUUGUUAUGCCACUCUGGUGCCUGCAAGACUGCAGAGUUUUAUACAGUUUAUUUAACUUUUUUGGCGGCCAUGUUGGAAGCCCAUAUCUGUUGGGCAAUAAUGGCUGCCAGCAGCUGAUUUUUUUUUUUUUUUUAAAGGUACUGUUUUAAAUUCUGCUGUGUUUUUUAAACUGGGAACAGGUCACAUUAUGCUGACCACACUGGACUGGCAGAAGCCAUUGUUAGUGGAUGGAUGCAAUAUUAAUAUUGGCUGCCUCGCUGAAUUAGCCGACUGGCUGGUCAAAAAUCAUCUUUUUGUUCAAGUUAACUGCCUUUCUGACAUCAUUCACAACAAUUAUCUCGUAUUAAUAAAUGUACAAGGUACGCUCCA